AUGGAGAGCAGUGAAAGCAGACAUCAGACAGAUGCUCUUUUGCGUCCAAAGAGGAGUUUUGCUCUUUUGCCCAGGUUGGAGUGCAAUGGUGUGAUCUCAGCUCACUAUAACUUCUGCCUUCCAGUUUCAAGUGAUUCUCCUGCCUCAGCCUCCCAAGUAGCUGGGAUUACAGGUGCCCAUCACCACGCCUUGCUAACUUUUGUAUUUGCCUUGGCCUCCCAAAGUGCUGGGAUUAUGGGUAUGAGCCCCUGCACCUGGCCUAAGCAUCGUGUAUUUUAGACCCUGCUUCCUAGAGAAAGCAGUGAUAAUCCUGUGAUACUUACGAUGAAAUAGUGUUCUGGGAAAACUAAACACUUUUAACUGUUAGCAGUGGUGAGUCUG